AUGUAAUUUUAUAAUAACCUAAAACAAAAACUUUAAGAAGGCAAAAAAGGAUUCUCAUUAUCACCAGAUAAAGGAUUAUCAAUAACAUAAAAUAAACCUCCAUUAGUUGAAUCAAGAUCUAUAUGGAAUAAAAAUGUGUAUUUUGUACCUAAAUGGGAAAAGCGAGAUAUCAAACAUGUUGAAAGUAAUAAUCAUACACCAUUUCCUAUUCGAAAUUACAUUAAUUAUGUAUAAUAGCAUAGUGAAGGAUUCUCGAACUCUCUUAAUCUUGAUUUCUUCAAACAUAUAAUUAGACAUUUCGCUGUUAAUUAAUGGUGGAUAGAUUAAACUAAAAUAUUCAAAAGUACUAUACCUAUAAAUAUACUACAGACUCCAGAAAUAAUUCAAUAGAAUAAUUAAAUUUAUUAAUUGUUAAUUCAAAAGUCAAAUGAUGAUCUUAACUUUUAUAAUACAAUCCUUUCUAAUACUAAACCACCUUAGAUACCAAUUCCUGAAAAAUAAUUAUAAGAAUAUAAAUCUUCAAUUACAUAUUAAGUGUUGGAUUUUAAUGCUACACAAAAAUUUUAAAAUUAAUCUUUAUUUUAAUUAUAAGACAUCUUCAUUAAAAGAAUUAUUUAAUUGUUAUCUGAACGUGGACUAUCAGGUUUAGGAUAUUAUGAUUAUCUAACUUUUUAGAAAAUUGUUGAAGAUUAAAAAUAGGGAAUUUGUGAUGCACAAACCUUUUUAAAAGUUCUAGAAAUAAAGCGACUCUUCAAUUAAAUAAAUCUUAAUUCUUUAUAAAAUUAAUCUAUAACUAAUUAAAUUAAUUCUUAAAAUUAAAAUAUCUAAUCGUAAAAUACAUUAAAAUUUAGAAGAUGGAAUUAAGAAAAAGUCUUGCUCUCAAAUGAAAUCUAAGAUUUAGCUAAUUAUGUUGGAUUAGAUAUAAAUUUAAAAAGAGCAAGAAAAAAUUAUGAAUUAAAUAAAACAGAAUAAUAAUUUAAUGAACUCAUUAUAAUUGGUGAUUAAAUUUCAAGUAAUGCAUAAAAAAUCAUUCUUGAUACAUAAUCAAAAUUUUCAAAAGGUGAAUAAGAAGUAUUUUAAUCAAGUGAGCAAUUCUAAUAAUUUAAAGUUUCAUCUUAAAACUAAUAAACAAAUGGAUUAGUAGACCAAUUCAAAUCUUAAUUAGGUUUUUUACAAGAUAAAACAGAUAUAGAUUUUAAUAUGGAAUCAUCAGAGAAUUAAUUUAAUUUAUAAAAUGAAAGAAUUGAUAAUCAAAAAUAAAAAUCAUAAGAACGUUAAAUAACUGACAAAAUUUCAAAGUAAACUUAAAUCGAUAAAUUUGAUAGUUCUUUUCAUUCUCCUUAAAAACAUUUAUAAGAUAAAUUAUUAUAAAAUCCUAAUUAAUUUUCAUAACCAAAUCCUAAUUAAUUGUCAUUAUCAAAUCCUAAUUAAUUGUCAUUACCAAACUCUAAUUAAUUGUCAUUACCAAACUCUAAUUAAUUUUCAUAAUCGAAUCCUAAUUAAUUAAGUAAACUUUAAAGUACAUAAAAAGUUAACUAAAAUAUUUCACCAUAAAAAAAGAUUAUUUAGAUCCCAAAAAGUAAUAGUAAUAGUAAUAGUAAACCUAAAAAUUCUUAAAAGAGCUAGGAAUAAUAUCAAAAAUAUCAUAAAAAUAGUAAUUAAAGAUUCAAAGAUAGAAGAUUAGAGGAAUAGAAUAGAAAACUAAGUAGAAAUCUCUAAUCUCAAUUAUCUUAACAAUCAUUAAGAUCUUAUGAAGAUUAUCUUAAUCCUAUUGAAUUAGAAAAUAUAUCUUCAAACAAUUUGCCAAUAAAUUUAUCACAUAAUUAUCAUACUUAAAAUGAAAUAAAACAAAAUUUAAGUAGCCAUUAAAAUAGAUAAUCAUAAAUUAUUACAAGUUAUAAUAGCAUUAGUCUUCAUUAAGAUAGGAAAAAAGUUAAUGAUGAAAAUGAUGUUCAAUUGAUGAUAGAAUUUAUAAAGAAAAAUAAAAAAUAUUAGACUGAACUUUAGGAUAAACUAUUUAAUAAAGAUAGUAAAAAUUUAUAAGGAGAAGAUUUAGAAGAAUUUUAAAGUAAUCGAAAUUUAAUUUAACAGAUUGAUAUUAAUUAAAUUAAUGAAUCUUAAAAUUCAAGUGAUGAUAUAGAUCAUAUCCAAUCCCUUGCUUAAAAAGAAGUGAAAUCUCUUCAUCCUUAAUAUUAAGAUUCUGAAAUUCAUAAUUCAAUGCCUGAAUCUAUUUCAAAUAAUACUACAGCAAGAACUCUAAGAAACACUAGUAAUUAAAAUUAUGUUCAUCCAAUAAAAAAUAAAUUUGAAAAUCUAGAAGAUCAAAAUAAUGAUAAACAUGAAUAAUUGUAAACAAUAAAUGAAAUUUCGAGAAAGAUUUCUCCAAUUUUAGUUAGGUAAACUUCAAUUAAAAAUUAUAAAAAAAGUUCCGAAUAGAAAUAAUUAUAAAAACCAAUAAAAGAUUUUUAGGAAGAAAAAUAAUUUAAUUAAGUAAAUUUAGUAAAUUCUCCAGAUAUAAUCAUUUAAUCAGAAGUAAAGCAGGAAGAAAUAAGUAAUAAUAUGUAUUCUUAAAAAUCAAUUGAUUUACCCUCAGUAAAAAUACGUAAUACUUUAGGAAUUACAGAAAAAUCUAAAAGUUAACUUAAAUCAUCUACAAAUUUUACUGAUUAAAAUAAAUAAAUUAUAAAAGAUUAAUAGAAAAUUGAAAUAACAUCUAAAUUUUUGGAUACUUAAUAAGAAAAUAAGAGAAAUAAAAAUAAAUUUUAUAAUCGAGAAGUUUUUGAUGAUCCUAUGGAAGAUGAAUCAGAUUAAGAGUAAGAGAAUGAUGAAGCAGAAAAAAUUAAUAAUCCUAUUAAUAAAGAAUAUAAAAAAAAGAAAAAAGCAAAAUUGUAAUAAUUAUCAACUUCUAAACAAGAAAGAAUUGAAGAUCAUAAGAGAUAUCUUUAAUUUUUAAAAUAAGAAUUAAAAGAAAUGCUUGAUAAAAAAGUUAAUCUUAAAGAAAUCAAAGAACAUAUUAAUAUAAUACUUAGUGAAAUAGGAGGUAUUAGUUUAGAUUAAGAUUUAGACUAUUAUAUUUAAUUAUGUAUAUAAUUAUUUUAUUUAGAUAAAUCUAGAGCUUAAGAAUUGAGUUAAGUAAAUGUAGAAUCUCAUGAAAUUAGAUUUUAAAACCAAUAACCAAUUUGUGAGUUGAAAUUAAAAAGAGAAAUUAAAGGAUUAAAAUUUGCCAAAGAUUGUGAUAGAAUCACUAAACUAAAGCCAGUUGAUUAUGAAGAUAUUAUUGAAAGUUAAAAGUAAAAACUAAUAAUCAAUUUCUAGCUAAAUAUAAAUAGAAGAAGAACAAAAAGAUUUUUAAGAAUAUCAAACUUAUCAUUAUUCACCUUAAUUUAGAUAUGAAUAAAAACCUUCUCCUUUAUAAACUGAUUUAAUCUAGGUUUCCUUAGAUGUCACAAGAAGUCAAACACCAAAUAAAAGAAGACUUUAUAGAACCAAUCCAAGAUUUGAAUCAGAUUUUACUAUUAAUAGAUUUAAAAAGAAAUCUUCAAAUAAAAAUACAAAGUAACAAAAAUAUUAAAAACAAACUUAACCAAUUAUGAUGAAAAAAGAUCCACUUAAUGAUAAUUUUCCAUAUUUGCAUAAAUACAAACCAGAAUUAUUAAAAACUAUUUUAGAAGCUCGAAUUAAUUUAGAAUAACUGAUUUGA